AUGCAAAAUCUCAGAGGUCUAGGGAAGGGAGGAGCUAUAAUAAUGAAGAACCUUUGCCAGGAAAUUAGCUCUGUGGCCUCAUUGAGCCCACAAUAUAAAAGGGGGACACAAGAGGUGAAGGUCUACACAUCAGGGGCUCGCUCUUGCAAAACCAAACCACAAGGGCACACGCAGAAGAAGGCAGAGUCCAGCCAUGCCCAACUCAGCACUGCUAUAUUGCCUGGUCUUCCUGGCCGGGGUGAGAGCCAGCCCAGCCCAGGGCAUCCAAUCUGAGGACAGCUGCACCUACUUCCCAGCCAACCUGCCCAACAUGCUGCGAGAGCUCCGAGCUGCCUUUGGGAGGGUGAAGACUUUCUUUCAAACCAGUGAUCAGCUGGACAACAUGUUGCUGAGUGAGUCUCUGCUGAAGGACUUUAAGGGUUACCUGGGUUGCCAAGCCUUGUCAGAGAUGAUCCAGUUUUACCUGGAGGAGGUGAUGCCCCAGGCUGAGAACCACAGCCCAGACGUCAAGGAGCACGUGAACUCUCUGGGGGAAAAGCUGAAGACGCUCAGGUUGCGGCUGCGGCGCUGUCACCGAUUCCUCCCCUGUGAGAACAAGAGCAAGGCUGUGGAGCAGGUGAAGAGCGCCUUUGAUAAGCUCCAAGAGAAAGGUGUCUACAAAGCCAUGAGUGAGUUUGACAUCUUCAUCAACUACAUAGAAGCCUACAUGACAACGAAGAUCAACAGCUAGAAUACCUAAGAUGGUGACUCUACUAGGCUCUAGGACAUUCAGUGGGGAUCUUCAAAAUCUGAUCUGGGAUUCUGGGAUGGCCGAGCCAACUCCUUGGAAAAACCUCUUGGACCUUUCUCCUAGAAUAUUUAUUACCUCUGUUACCUCAACUCCCAUUCCUAUUUAUUUACUGAGCUUCUCUGUGAAAUACUUAGAAAGAAGCCCAACAUAAUUUUUCUCAGUAUUUAUUAUUUUCACCUAUGUUUAAGCUGUUUCCAUAGGGUGAUACUCUAUGGCAUGAGAGUGUUUUAAGAGAAAUAAUAAGUUAUAUAAAGAAAAAAAUAUAUGUUUUUUUAGGGAGCCAACUAAAGCUUCCAUUCUAAGCCUGACCACACUUUGUAGCUAUUGAGCUAUUUUCCUCACCUCCCUCUAACUUCUCUUGUCCCUGGGCCUGAGACACCUAGAGUGUCACAAAGAUUCUUACCCUGUUGGGAAGAGAAACUAGGGAGCCCCUUUGAUGAUUAACCUUCCCGUGGCUCUGAGGGAUUCCCCCUGACCUCAUUCCCCAACCACUUCAUUCUUGAAAGCUGUGGCUAGCUUGUUAUUUAUAACGACCUAAGAUUGGUUCUAAUAGAACUCAGUCAACUAGACAUAAUUCAAUUCCUCUGGGAAUGUUACAUUGUUUGUCUGUCUUCAUAGCAGAUAUUAAUUUUGAAUAAAUAAAUGGACCUUA